CGUUAUCCCUGUGCUACUCGCAUGUAGGACGUUCAGGACGAUGAGGCGAUUGUCCCAAAGAGGAGCCCGGGGGCAUCAGGUAUCAGUGGGAGGGAAAGGGGGCGGCGGGCUGGCUUCGACAUGUUGGGUUGGGGGGAAGACAACGCGCCACGUUGCGGCGGCGGAAACGGCUUCAUCCGCGCGAAGCUUGGGAGAUAUGGCGUCCGCCGCCACCGUCGGCUCACCGUUUCUCUCUCCUUCUCUAUCCUCCAUCUUGAGACGAAAUAGUGGGCCGCACCUCAUUGGCCGAGGGAAGACACAUAUAGAGAGAUCGAUCUCUACACUUAAUGGAUUAAGGAUCGGCCGUAGCCAAAACCCCAUAACGACCGCUGAAGCUGCAGGACAUGAAGGACAGGCGGGGGAAGGCGGAGAGGGAGAAGGCGAUGGGGAAACCUACAUGAUUACCACUCCGCUUUAUUACGUUAAUGCCCCGCCGCACAUGGGAAGUGCGUACCCGACCAUCGCGGCCGAUGCUCUUGCACGUUUCCAACUUGAGGAGUUGGACCCCGCUGAAGCUAUUGCUUGCGACCACCAGCGGUUGAGGGGCAAGAAAGUCAUCUUUGUGACUGGGACCGAUGAGCAUGGUGAGAAGAUUGCAGUAUCAGCUGCAUCAAAUAACCGAGAGCCAAAGGAGCAUGUAGAUCUGAUUGCUGAGGACUAUCGAUCUCUGUGGAAGGAGCUUGACAUAUCGUACGACCGAUUCGUCAGGACGACCGAUCUUCGACAUAGAAAGAUCGUUGAAGAGUUUUUCCAGAGAGUAUGGAACAAAGGCGAUAUCUACAGAGCAGACUAUGAGGGACUGUACUGCGUGAAUUGUGAGGAAUACAAGGAUGAGAAAGAGCUGCUGGAGGACAACUGCUGCGCAAUCCAUAGGAAACCUUGUCUGUUUCGUCGUGAAGACAACUAUUUUUUCCAGUUGUCCAACUAUCAGGAUGCACUUGAGAAGCUGUAUGAGGAGAACACCAACUUCGUACGUCCUUCAUUUCGCAAGAAUGAGGUACUAACAUGGGUGAAGGAAGGUGUGAAAGAUUUCUCAAUCUCCCGUGCAGUGGACUGGGGGAUUCCUGUUCCAGUUGAUCCAAAGCAGACAAUUUACGUCUGGUUUGAUGCCCUCCUAGGGUAUGUGUCUUCCCUGCUGGAGGGAAGUGAUGACACAACUUUAGAGGCGGCUCUUCAACGAGGAUGGCCAGCUCAGGUCCACAUAAUCGGCAAGGACAUUCUACGGUUCCAUGCUGUCUACUGGCCGGCAAUGCUGUUGUCCGCAGGGCUCCCACUUCCAAAGGCCGUUUUUGGACAUGGCUUUCUGACCAAGGAUGGUUUAAAGAUGGGAAAGUCUCUUGGGAACACAAUUGAGCCAUUGUAUCUGGUUGGAAAGUACGGCGCAGAUGCUGUUAGGUACUACUUUCUGAAGGAGAUAGAAUUUGGAAAGGACGGUGACUUUUCAGAAAAGAGAUUCGUUGAAAUAGUAAAUGCAAACUUGGCGAACAACAUAGACAAUAAACCAGGAGUCUGGUAUAUUAACUCGGCACAAUACAGAGGGUGGAUCUUCAACGACAACCUGGAAACACCUAGGUGGGUUUGGGUUUUAAACAGCAGUCCCACUGUGAAACCAAACAUCUACCCGCCGUAUGAUAGCCGAUGGAGACAGGCAGGGGCGAAACGCAUGGAAGACAAGGAAGUAGGCUUCAUAACGAAGCCCAUGAUCGACGAGGACACAGUAUUGGACGACAAACAGCGUUUGCAGACUAUGGCGGAAUUGCACAAGCUGGGACAAGAGGCAAAACUGGCCUUCCUGGAAAACAGGAGGGCAAGAGAGGAGGCAGAGAAAGUAGCGGGUGAAGAAAAGGGAAGGGAAGGAGGUGAGGGGGAGGGGAGUAGCAACUCCCCGGACAACGGCAAGAGCACUAAGGAGCAGAGUAAUGAGAAGGAGGGAACCAAGGGGGGGAAGGAAGACGGAGGCCCACAGGCGUCCAUGAAGAGGAAACUUCGGGACAGGGAAGCAGCGACGUCAACGAGCUCAGGUCAAGAAGCCAAGAGAUCCAACACAGGUGGAUGGGAAGAGGAAGAUCCAGCGUCGCAGGAAAAACAGCAAGGAACGGUUAUGGAGGACGCGACGUCAGAGAAGGGCAAGUCACAGAACGAGCAGAUGGACAUGUCAUCAUCAGCAACGGCGGAAUCUGCAGCAGCUCCAGCAGCGGCAUCAGCAUCAUCGACCCCUCGAAGGAGGGAGGACACGUCAUCAGGUAGCAGCAACUCAGCACACAGCCGGCAUAAGGACGGUGGGGGAGAACCAAUGGAAGUUUCAGCAGGAGGCUCACAGGAGGGGGGGAUCAGCGGAUCCGAGGAAGACAUGCAACAGGACACGGAGGAGGAGUCAGAGGAGGACGUAGAGGGGGAAGAAUGGGAGGACGCAGAAGGGGAAGAACAGCCAGAAACUUUGGCACAAUGGAUCAGAACAGUCCACAAGCUGAGAUGGGAGCGACAUAUCGAGUGCGAGGUUCGCCUGGCACACCACAAGCACCUGCGCAACCUGAAACAAGCAACCACAGCAGGGGAAGAUAUCACUUCAACCAAUAGGUUCGAAUGGUUGAAGAAGGAACAGGAGAUCAUUGAUGUGGAGAAGAAGAUGCCAAAUGGUGGGAACUUGCUCAGUAGAACAUUGGGGUUGCUUAGGAAGAACUGUGGUGGGAAGAUCCCUGUGGACUCUGGAGCUGUAUCAGAAGGGCAUAUUGUCAGAGAACAGGCAGCCAAGUCGGUGGCUGCGACAGCACGGGACUAUGAAGAGCUGUCCUUUGGAGCAACUGGUGAGGCAAUUCUUGGAUUGGCGACAGCAUGCAAUCAUUACCUUGAUGGACAGGCCCCAUGGUUGCAGUUUAAGAAGGGUACCAAUGAAGCAGAGCAAGCUGGCAUGGACUUGGUGAUUGUGUUGGAGGCAUCAAGAAUUCUUGCAGUGCUGCUGCAGCCGAUGGUGCCCGCUCUCUCGCAAAGAAUAUUCCUGCAGCUUGGAUUCUCAGACACAGACUGGACCCAACUGUCUUGGGCUGACACAGCUUGGGGAGUUAUGAAGGAGGGUCAUUCCGUCUGCGCUGAGCCAUUUCCAAUAUUCUCCAGGCUUGACGAUCCAGAGCAGCUCGGUAAAGUUACUGCUACAGAGAAGCCUCCAUCGUCAAAGAAAAAGAGGAAAGCGGGGCAGGGGACACCAAAGGACCAGUCCGUUGUUUCUGUUGCAGGGGGGCAAUCCUGACCAUCUCCCCCUUUGCCUGCCACCUUUCAUUGGUCAGCUGAGUGUUACUUGCGUGCUACGCGAGUGCUACCGUCUUCACCCGAAUAGAACGCCCAGUCAUUAUAGCCGUAUUUGGCUCAACUUUCAGCCCAGAUGCGGCGAUAAUUACCGGGCAUCCUAUUUGGGUGAAGACGGUAGUUGCCUGGCACUUGCCACGCACGGGUCGGUUGAGUGUUCCUCGAAUGACGAGUAUGAGCCCCGUCCUCCUGAACCUUUUUUUUUUUUUUUUUUUGGCAGUAUACAAGGUGAGGGKGGUUUUGAUUAUGUACCGGCCUGAUGGGGAUCAGCAAAAUUUGUUUGGGGCGGAAAAGUUAGGUUUGGCAAUUUGAUGAAAAAUUAUGGUUCACCGGAGUGACGUUUGAAGUUUGAGCGCUUCAUUCACACAAUGUUGCCCUUGUUUUGUUCCGGGGCCAAUGUGGAACGUCUCUCUAUUUGGAAGGCACAUUUCAAACUUCUUUCACCGAGCCCCUGCUGCGGCACCUGAGUGUUAUAAAAAAUUCAUUUCACACAACUUUUCGCUCGGAGUCCUCGUGUUGUGUUGUUUCUGCGUCUCUGCUUAUGUGAUAGAACAUCGAAGGGAUGGGGAAGUGUCCAAACUUCCAAUAGAGAUAAUAGCAUGAUAAAUUGUCAAGAGAAGACAAAGGCCGUUGUCGUAUCUUUACCCAACAGUCCUAACUUGUUAGGGAACUAAGGUUAGGAUGAAUUCCCCCGAAUAUUAUGUAACGUACGGGCAUUAUAGCUGUACUUAAGGUACCCCAAAUACCGCUAUAAUGACCGUACGUUGUAUUCGGGGGUAGGUGUAGUAGCAGUUCACUGUAGAGUAAUCCUCACCCAGAAUUUCUGACUUAUCAUAUUUUAACUUCUUUAGAGUUAUCUUCACCCACCAGUCCUGACUCGUACGUAUUGAUUGGAGCAGUGUCCUGACUUGUACAUAUUGAUUGGAGCGAAGUGUGCGAGAAUUGCGCUGUCCGUGGAUGUUGAGUGUGGUGUGCGUUAAGUUGUACACUACAGCCUUGCAGCGGUGGGGUGGAUAUCAUGACCGUUAUGGUUCCGUUUUUGAACACCAUGUCCUCGCUGUAGUGGUGAAGAGACUUAGCUCUUGAGGCUGAGGUCGCCAGUUCGAAUAUGUGCUUGCAAGGAGGAGGGCUUCAGCCCCGAUGUACAGAUCCAUAACCUCCUACUAUUGUUAGGGAUCUCAGUUCACUGUAGCGUGAGCGUCAUCUUUACACCCAGCAUUCCUGACUUGUUAGGGAACUGAGGUUAGGAUGAAACCAAUUCUUGCCGGCACUUCGUGCCGGCACACGGAAAAAAAAGGUUAUAAGGCAUUCCCAAAUUUUCUUGGUAGAGGCAACUUCGUUGCACUUAGGCUCAUCUGUAUUAAGGGUCUUUGGUUUACACGAUCAGUAUGAUUCUCCUGUUAACAAAGAAAAUGAAGAAAA